AUGGGGGAAGUAAUGCACGAGCCACAGGACUUUAAAGACAUGGAGGAAGAGGAGCUGUGGGACAUGAUCAACGACAACCGGCACGCGAUCUCGCUGAAGGUGCGCCCGUGCCUGCUGAUCCCGUACCUGCGGCAGGCUCGCGUGCUCACCGACCUGGACGAGGAUGAAAUCCUCUCGUGCCUGAAGUUCACCAACCGCAGCAUGAGGACCAGUCACAUGCUGGAUCUGCUGCGGAUUCAGGGCCGUAAUGGUGCCGUGGCUUUGCUGGAGGGCCUGAUGAUCCACUACCCGUGUCUCUACACUCAGAUUACUGGCCGUCAACCCAGCACAAAGCCAAGCCACUUCAGCGGGUUAAUUAAGUACUCAGAAUUGACUGAGUAUUUGGUUCAGGCGGUGACAGGGAUGCAGAAGGAGUUGCAGGAAGCUCGUGAGGAGGCAUCUCAGUUACGGACGCGCUGCAGCAGCAUGCAGGGUGAAGUCUCGCGGCUCAGAAAGGAGGUGGAGGAGCAACCUAGACUGCGGUCCGACAUACUCCGCCUGCGAACCAGUGCCACAGAACAUCAAAGAGACCUGAUAAGGUUAAAAGAUGAGAAGUGUGAUCUGUAUGUACGAUAUGCAGCAGCAGUGGAGGAAAAAUCAGUGGUGAACAUCCGCCUUAGAGAUCUCAACCUACAGGUGUACCAGCUGCAGUGUGAGCUGAAAAAAGCUCAGACUGAGACAGAUUUCCAGAGGCAGCGCUCUAUGAAGAACACUUCCAUUGAUGAGACACUGAAGCUACGUGAUGAGAUCAACUCACUGCGCCAACAACUGCAACAAUGCGAGAAAAUUGCACCAGCAUGUCACGACAUUGUGGCACAGGAUCUGAAGGAAGCGAAGGAUCAGCACUCCGAACUGGCUGAACAGCUGAGGGGAAUUCAUGAGGAAAAUGAAACGCUAACGAGAGAGAAAGACGAGUUGUUGGAAGAGAAGGAGUGUUUGACUCUGCAGGUACAGAAGUUGACUCUGGAUUGUGAGAUGUACGAACAAAAAAGUACAUUUUUUCAAAACCAGGUUGGAGAGCUUCAGGCUGAGAGAGACCGGGCGUACCUGGCGCGUGAUGAAGCUCAGGCCCAGAUUUCCUGCAGCCUGGCGGAGAAAGAUGUGCUGAGAGGACAGCUGGUGGAUCUGCAGCAGAAGAUCUUCACUCUCAAAGCCAUGAACAAGAAGGAGCCUGAUGAGACCUUAGACACAAGUUUGAGCUGGAACAGCUGUGGGGAGCUGAGCACCGAAAGCCCUCCAGAUACCCCAAACAGUCGGCCCAAACUGCGCCGUAUGAAGGCAAUCAAUCCUGUAUCAGGCAGCUUGGAAUCCAGUAGACAGGAGAGCGACGAUGGAUUCAGAAGUACCCGAUCCAGUAUGGUGGAGCCUCCAUGUGCUGAUUCACUGUGUAGAAGAAAAAUGGAGCUUGGGUUCGAGGAUCACAUUCAGGACCUGUGUGAUGAAACAUUCUGCAUCUUCAAUCUGGAGAGUGAUUCUGAGGCUGGUUGUAAAGGUAUCUCCUGUCCAAAUUCUCCAGAAAUUACUGGCAUGUGUCGGGCGUCGGCUCCUCCGUUUCUGGUACGCUCUCGUCCUCAGGCUCUGCGGAUUUCAGGUCGAGCGCUUACCAUCUCUUUUCAGGGGGAGGUGCUGCUGAGCCAGCUGCAGGUCAUCGGGGGCAACAAGACGGGUGUCUUUGUUCAUCAUGUCACUGAAGGGUCACCUGCCUACAAUGCGGGCAUCAGCUCUGGUGCACAGAUUCUAGAGGUGAAGUGCCAGAGGGAGCAGCAAGCCCUUCGAAUGGUUCUGGAAGAUUCCACCAUGGAAGAGGCGCUGUGGGCGCUUGGGCAGGUAAACGGACCCUGCAACCUCUCACUGAAACCCAAACAGGAUGCCUAUCAGAAUCUGCUGCAGCAGUUGAAGAAAGGUGAGGUUACCUCAGGUGACUCCUUCUACGUCCGUGUGAACAUGUCUUUACCUGGGAGCUCGGCCGGGGCGCUAUCCGUCACCUGUAACAACAUCCUGCACAUCACGAACAGUCACCAUGGCAACGAUGGCUACUGGUGGGCCAGUCACGUCCACAGCAGCAAGUUAAUGGACCUGAAUAGCGGAACUGUGCCCAAUUACUACAGAGCACAGCGCCAGCUAAUCAGAGCAAUUGAGGACAUGUCCUUCCAACACCAAGCCACCAGCAGGGUGGUACGGAAAGAAAAGACUGUGAGGAUUGUCAGUACAGCUCGACAAGGGAGGAACCCGUUGUGGGUGAGCGUGGAGGAGGAUAAUGAUAAAAACACAUCGACUGGUGACUGUAAUACCUCCAGGAGUUUUGUGAGCCUGAUGCCCUACAAACUGGUGACCCCUCAUCACCCCCCUGUGUGCCGUCCGGUCCUCCUCCUUCCCACAAUUCUUGGUGGCAUUAUUAAUAAACGUCUGGCUGAGCUGCAGGGCUUUCAGCUCUGUGAACCUGAGAUCCUGAGUGUGUCUGAACAUGCGCUUCAGAUGCAGAAGGGUGAGGUUUUAGAAGAGUGUGACCCCAACACACACCGAUGUUACACCAUGCCCGGAGUUGAGAAGGUCAUGAAACGGGGUACUCACUGUGUACUUCCUCUGGGUUUGGACUGUGUACGGCGGCUGCAUCGUGCUGAUAUUUUUCCGAUCAUCAUCUUUAUAGCAACUACAGAACGCAGUGCACGCAGACUCAAACACAAACUCCGUCAGAACUUUGUGACAGAAGCUCAGUUACUGGAGUGUUCCCGGAGUGAAGAACCUCUGCUGGAUAAACUGCCCUGUCUGUACCGUACUGUUCCUCCUGACAGCUGGAACGACACCACCUGCCUGCUGGAACAUCUGCAAUCCAUCAUCCACGAGGAGCAGAGGAAAAUCGUUUGGGUUGAACCUGAUCUCUGGUGAGGAUCAGUGGGUAAAAAUCUGCCUGGAUUAUCAACAGCGAGUCACAUGAAGCAAUAUAAUAAAUAUAAGAAAACGUUUAUAUUGUUAUGUCUUAAUGUUCUGUGACUCUCCCACGACUCCAUAGGUUAAAAAAUAAAAAUAAAAAUUAGUUAAUGGAGAGAUUGAUUGAAGACCCCCAAACCAGGGUUUGAUUUAUUCUGCAUAGUAAUAAUAAAAUAUAACAUUAAUAUUAAAAACUAUCUGUAUAUAAUAAAUGUAUUCAUAACUAUAAUUUUUUAUCUGUAUGCUCAAUGAGUAUCUGAAAUAUGUGUACAUAAAUAUUGUAUAUAAAAAUUAUAAAU